UGUUACUUUAGGAAUCGGUGUUACUGGUAACAAGUACCGUAUGACUCUUGGUAUGCCCGUCGGCGCCGUCAUGAACUCUGCCGAUAACUCUGGUGCUAAGAACCUUUACAUCAUCGCUGUCCGCGGUAUCAAGGGUCGUCUUAACAGACUCCCCGCUGCUGCUCCCGGUGACAUGAUCGUCGCUACCGUCAAGAAGGGUAAGCCUGAAUUGAGAAAGAAGGUUAUGCCCGCCGUCGUUGUCCGUCAACGCAAGGCUUGGCGCCGUAGAGACGGUGUCUUCUUGUACUUCGAAGACAACGCUGGUGGAUCUGCCAUCACUGGACCCGUUGCCAAGGAAUGCGCUGACUUGUGGCCCCGUAUUGCCUCUGCCUCUGGUACCGUCGUUUAAAUGGAUAUUACUUUGCGAUAAUCAGAGUUACUGUAAUCAAAAAUAAACCCAAUUUCGCGAUCUACGACGAAUUGUAUUCAAAAUGUGAUCUUCAGUGCGCUUAGUUUA